AUGUCGCAAUUAAAAGUUGAUGACACUCAACAAUUGAGCGUUAUUCUUCAAUUCAUGUUGGCAUUCAUAAUCAAAGUGGAAAUUAAAGAAGAUUGUUUUAAAAGAGGUCCAUGUGCUAAAUGGCAAAAGCUUCUUUUUGAUGCAUACAGCAAACAGCAAGCCGCUUUUGUAUCCUUGACCCCUAUUAACGUUUUGUUGUUUAUAAACAACAACCAAGUGUCAAUAAUCAAUUAUUCAAAUUAUUUGAAAAUUCCAUCCGCACCUGAAGAGUUAAAACAUCUUCAUUUGAUUGUAUUUCAAAUAAAUAAGAAGCUGAGGGAAGAAAAGAAGAUCUCUUUGUUAACGAAAUUGUUUGGAGAGAUCUCAAGCGACAGAUUGCAAACAUUAUCGUAA